AUGGACGUGAAGGGGAAGCUGCGACUGGCACUGGGGUCGCUCAAAGACCAGGCGGCGAUCGGCAAAGCCGUCAUCUCCGGGCAGAACGGCGUCGCCGGCGACAUGGACGUGGCGAUCCUCCGCUGCACCGACCGGGCCGACGCCCCCGUCGACGACAAGUACGUCCACGAGCUCCUCUUCCUCGCUGGCAACUCCCCCGGCGCCGUUGUCGUCCUCGCCGGCAAGAUCUCCCGCCGGCUAGAGGCGACCCGGGACGGCGUGGUGGCCCUGAAGACGCUGGUUCUCCUCCACCGCCUCCUCCGUGGCGGCGACCGCGGCUUCGAGUUAGGCCUCUGCGACGCCCACGCGGCGGGGGACCUCCCGCUGGACCUGCGGUGGUUCCCGGCGGCGUCCUUCCUCCGCCGCUACGCCGCCUUCUUGGAGGAGAGGAUGGGGUGGGGGAUCAACGCCGCGGGCAGUUUGGAGCCUGUCCGGCCGGCGGUACCCCCGUCCUCCGGCGAGGCCGUCCUCCUCCUCCGGCGGCUCUCCCGGUGCCAGACGCUGCUCGAUAGGGUCGUCGACUGCGCGCCGGCGAGUAACUACGUCACCGGGCCGGACCGGCUGACGCGGUCGGCUCUGAGCAUCGUCCUGCGGGAGAGUUUCCGGGUCUACGCGAGCUUCAGCGAGGACUUCCACGCCGUGAGGAUCUCCUCGGAUUCCGGCGGCGGCGGGUUGAGAGGGGCCUCAGCUCGGAGAAUCGCGGAGAAGGCGGCCACCCAGACACCGAAGCUCAGAGAUUUCUACGACGAAUGUAAGAGGAUCAUAGCCGGGAAGAACCUGGACUACCCGUACGUCAGGAUCAUUACAGCCGGCGACCUCCCCGCCGCCUCGCUCGGUGGCGGCUCGCGUCGCCCCGCGGCGCCGCCUGCCCCGUCGCCGCUCCUCUUGCGGCGGCUGGAGACUAAGAUCAGCACGGAAUGGGUGGCCUUCGACGACUAG